AUGCAACCUUUGGUGAAAGAAGUAGAACACAAUGCAAAAUCUAACCAGUCCUAUGUGACUGAAUUUAUCCUUCUGGGCUUCUCCUUCAGCCCCAGGAUCAUGCCUCUGCUCUUCUCAGCCUUCCUGAUGACCUACCUGUUGAUUAUUCUUGGCAACAGCUUAAUCACCAUCCUCAUCUGCCUGGACUCGCACCUCCACACACCCAUGUACUUCUUUAUUGGUGUCCUUUCUAUGUUGGAUCUUAGCUACACCACUACAACUGUGCCCCAGAUGUUGGCACAUAUGGCCAGCCAGAAGAAGACCAUCUCUUUUGCCAGCUGUGUAGCCCAGAUGUACAUUUUCUUGGUGCUAGGCAUCACCGAAUCCUGGCUUUUUGCCAUCAUGUCUAUAGACAGGUAUGUGGCCAUCUGCCACCCACUCAGGUACAAAGUCAUCAUGAGUCCGUGGCUGUGUGGGGUAAUGGUCAUUUUCUGUGGACUCUGGGGUGUCAUCUCUGCUCUUGUCUACACUGUGUUUGCCAUGCGACUGCCCUACUGUGGCCCCAACAAGAUCAACCAUUUCUUCUGUGAAGUCCCAGCCGUCUUAAAGCUGGCUUGUGCAGACACCUCAGUCAAUGAUCGGAUAGACUUCAUUCUCGGCUUUAGUGUCAUCCUGGUUCCACUUUCCCUUAUCCUUGUCAUUUAUCUCAAUAUCUUCAUUGCCAUCUUGAGGAUCCGUUCAGGCCAAGGGCGGCUGAAGGCCUUCUCCACCUGUGCCUCCCACAUCACUGUGGUCACCAUGUUCUGUGUGCCCGCCAUGGUCAUGUACAUGAAGCCUGGCUCUGAGGCCUCCCCAGAAGAGGACAAAAAGUUGGCCCUGUUCUACAAUGUCAUCUCUGCUUUCUUCAACCCCAUCAUCUACAGCCUCCGAAACAAGGAUGUGAAGAGGGCUUUUCUCAAGGUGACAGGCUGGGGCAGGGACCCAGAUUGA